UUGAAGGAAGAAGAACUAUGCGAUAUCGAGACCAAGUCUCCCUGUUCCAUAGAAGGACAUGAGGAAUGUCAGCCUCAAAAUGCAUCAGACAAGAUAGGUGUAUGUAAGUGUGUUUCGGGUUUCGCACGAGCAUUCAAUGGCGCCCCCUGUCUUCCUCUGAACAUCACUUCAAAAGAAGUAACCACUAUCUCGUCAAAUGAAAACAAAGGAACUUCUACUUCAGCAGCUAAGAGACUUCUAGAAUUCUCAUUGGAUGGUCCUUCAAAAGUACAGUUACCAGUAACCUCGGUAAAAGUAGAAGUGAAACUACGCGAUAGGGAUAAAGCACAAAGCGACACUUUUUCCUACCUCUGGGAGUUGCUGCAGGGAACAGGUCUAGCGUUUGCUUCGUCAUAUAAACGUCCAAUACUGGAGUUAUCCCAGCUCAAAGAAGGGAAACUCCUUUUCCGUGUGACGGUCUCAAAUUCAACUCAUUCUGGUCAGCAAUCGUAUGCUUUGACAGUUGACACUGCAAAAGCACCAAAUAAGCCACCUCGAGCAAUUAUCCGUCCCGAGUCACCGGUACAUGGCGUGGAAGGCACGAGAUUAACGUUGGAUGCUGAAGGCAGUGUUGAUGACGAUAAAAUUGUUGCUUACAAGUGGACACAGGAUAAAGGGCCUAGCAUUCCUUUAGGGGCCAUGAAUACACCGAUUCUCACUUUGGAUAACAUGGUCGCAGGAAGCUAUGUCUUUAGCGUACAAGUAACCGAUAGUGGUGGGUUAACGUCAUCGACAUCAGCUCGAGUGGAAAUUGAAGCAGAGCGCGAUGAUCCACCAAAAGCUCACAUCAACGAAUGUGGCAGUAAAGAACACACUGGGUCUCUCACUGUUCGUCUUCCAUUGCCUGAGCUCAAUCUAUGUGGCAACAAUUCGAUUGAUGACAAGGGUAUCGUUUCGUACAACUGGUUUCGAGUUGAUAAAUUAUCUGAAAAGCUCUCAGUUGACACUGCUGGCUCAACCACAAGCAUACUUACGCUGCGAAAUAUCCAAGCAAACGAACGAUUGGGCCCAUACGAGUUCCAGCUCGAAGUAACGGACACUAAAGGCCAAAAGGACUCAACGCGAAUAAGUAUUUUUGUGAAUAAAGCUGAAAACUUUCCACCAGUCGCUGAUGCCGGUGGAAAUCUCACGGUUAUACUUCCUGAAACUGCAGUUGUACUAAAUGGCAAUGCCAAGGACGACGGAAGUAUCGUAAGCUAUAAUUGGACGCAAAUUGAUGGCCCAUCUCGAGCUUCUUUGGUCAAUGCUGAUAAGGCAAAAGCCACUGCUUCCGGUCUUCAAGAAGGAGUUUACCAUUUUUUGUUGACUGUUGUCGAUGAUGGAGGUCUUAAUGGCACUGCCUCCGCCUACAUUUCCGUGGAGCGAGGUAAAAACGAACCGCCUAUUGCACGUGCGCCUAACGUCACGGUACGUCUUCCAACUUCAGUAGCAGUUCUCAAUGCAUCAUCUUCCACUGAUGAUGCUGGUAUCGUUAGUUUUCAUUGGCAGCCACUCGAUAACGUACCAGCAUCGAUGAUUGCCCUUGAUGGUACCGAGAACACUCAAAUAAUGUUUGUUACUGGGCUCGUAAAAGGGACGCAUGUUUAUAAUUUGACGGUUUACGACCAACAGAAGUCAACGGAUUUCAUUCUUGUUCAUCUCACUGUCGUAGAAGGUGACGAAGAAUUGGAAUCUGUGGAAAUCCUGUUGAAAAAGAGUAUUGAAGAAUGGACAUAUCGCCUCCGUCGGAAACUUCGGGACCGAAUCGAAGCGAGCCUGGCAGGAUCCAUCGAAGAAAGCGACUCAGUGGAUGUGCAUUUCACAAAAUUCGAAAAACUGCCACAGGAUGGUCGCCUGCGAGCUGUCUUUUGGGCUAAAAGUCAUUCGAAACAGGGUCCGCGGCUAGCACCGCUUCCAAUACCUCAUUCUAGUGAUUCACUCGAUUCGGAAAGUGAUGAGCUGCUUCCUAUUUCGGGUAGCAACCAUUCUCUGCAAUUGAGGGGACACACACCGGAAAAAAGCACCUGA